GCCAGCCGUUCACAGGGUGUAGGAUCAGUACCACAAUGGAGGAAAGCGAGUGAUCGGGAAAGUUGGGCUUUUAGCCACCUAGCUGUUAUGGCAAUGUCAGUUGAGCAAAUUGAACGUUGGAGAGAGGCAUUUUAACGAAAGUCGAUCGAAGCACGGCUACUGUUCCUAUCAUCAGGGCAGGAUAUUUUGGAAAUUCAAACAGAAAGCACUGUGUCAGCAGAGGCUUCAACCACCAGCGACUAUUUGGAAAAAUUAUCAUUCAUUAUGAGAAAUCUGGACAGUUCAUCUACAUCACGACCAAGUCCACCCCGACCGAAUUCUCUGAUGUUGGAUAACGCACUCACGAUGGAAAUGGAGAUGGUAUUCUCGGACAUGGACAACAACAACCACCUAAACAGACAGAAGGGCAGUCGCAAGAAGAAGCGACGAGCCGCAGACAUUCCUGUCAAGAAGUUUGACGACCUGUACAAAUCAACAGGUGAGAUCCUUGGACAUGGGGCGUAUGCUUCAGUCCAGACCUUUGUCAACAAAGAUUCCAACAAGGAAUAUGCCGUAAAGAUAAUUGAGAAGCAUCACUGUCUGUCGAGGAGCAAGGUGUUCAAGGAGAUUGAGAUCUUCAGCAUGUGCAGCGGGAAUGAGCACAUCCUCAACCUCGUGGAAUACUUCGAGGAGGAGGAGCACUUCUACCUGGUGUUUGACAAGAUGGCUGGUGGGACGCUGUUGGGCAACAUCGAGAGCAGAGGGCACCUUUCAGAGCGAGAGGCCAGUUUGGUCGUUAAGGAAAUUGCAAAAGCUCUGGACUUUUUACAUGGCAAAGGAAUUGCUCACAGAGAUCUGAAACCUGAAAAUAUCCUUUGUCAAAAAUCGGAUGAGGUUGUUCCAUUGAAGAUCUGCGAUUUUGACCUGGCAAGCGGAGUGCCAAAGAGUGGAGAUUCUGAUGUCCGCACCCCAGAGCUUCUAACACCAGUGGGUUCAGCUGAAUACAUGGCCCCUGAAGUGGUGGAUGCCUGGGUGGGCGAGUCGUUCUCCUACGACAAGAAGUGUGAUCUAUGGAGCCUGGGCAUUAUCCUGUACAUCAUGCUGUGCGGCUACCCUCCGUUCUACGGCCAGUGCGGAGAGGACUGUGGCUGGGAGCGGGGCGAGUACUGUCAGGACUGCCAGGAGAUGCUCUUCACUCGCAUCCAGGAUGGCAUGUUCGACUUCCCGGAGAGCGAGUUCUGUGAGGUGUCAGAACCUGUUCAGGAUUUGAUCCGCCAUCUGUUGGUGCGGGACCCCCGGGCUCGUUACUCAGCUGCUGAUGUUCUCAAACAUCCAUGGGUCAGCCAGCCACCAGCGGCCACACCCCUGGCUACUCCACAUGUGCUCACAAGAAAUAACAGUACCAAGGAUUUGGAAUCUUUUGCGGAGGCAGCUAUUUCUAUCAACCGUAUGAUGCAACAACACUUGAUGAUAUCAGACCCACCCUCAUUCUUUGUGGGUCAGUCACUGACUGAAGAAGAUGACAGUGACUCAAUGGAAGAACAAAUUCAAAUUCGCAUGAGACUUUCGCCCCCUGGAGGUUCGAGUCUGGCCAAGAGGCGGGCGAUGCGGUCUAGCCAAAGUGACGACGAGGAACACUACGGAUCAAGCACCAGUGUUGACAGCCUCUCGUUGCCAAGUUCUGGCAGUUGGGCAUAAAAUGACUGUUUUACAUAGAGAUAAUAUCGAGUCAGACCAAUCGCCAUGUCUUUCAUCAUGUUGGGGUGCGUAGGGAAUAGGGGAGGGAAGCCAAAACUUGCGGGUUGGGUGAAUGAGAGAGAGAGAAAGGAAGAACGAGUGGGAAGAUACAUCUUCUUGGGAAGAGAUGUUGCAUAGACUUGUUACACAGAUUCAGUAUUUUAAUCAUUACCAUUUUACAUACAUUGUUCAUUAUUUCAUCAUCAGUGUGUAUCGUCCAUUGUCUACGUCCUGUUUUAUUAUGUUUGUAUUUUUGACACAUUUGCAUGUAUUUUUUUAUUGAGCCUUUGAAAUCGAACUCGGCAAUGGAGGCUGCCUUGUGGUGCAUGUCGGGUUUCCGUUUCACUGGUUUUGUUACAACUCAGGAUAUUCAGGCUCUGCUACCUUUGACACGUUGUGGAAAACUACAUUUGUUGGGGUGAUCUCAUAUUUAAAAAAAAGAAAAAAAAACUCGCAGCAGACAUAGUGCUUUUGAUAGUUGCAAGAGACCAUGAACUCUUAUCCAGAAACUGCAAUGAGUGUCCAGGUUCUGAGCCCAAGCAUUCAAAAUAUGUGUGAACUGUUCCAGAAUCAUGUCCGAAUUGAUCAUUCAUUGUUGGAGUGGAUAAACUCCAAACUCUCAUGACCAUUGUCGUCAUCAUCUGUACCCUGUCACCACCAUUAUGUUGUCUGUGUAUACAGUGCAUUGUACAUUACUGUCAUUCCACUGUCAAUCAAGUGGAUCAUUCCGUUAUCAUUUGAACAGUGCAUUUUGGUAUAGAUAUGGUGGGAAUACUAUGACAUGUUUCUCAAAUUAAUCAUGAAUUGCCUCCUUGCUUACAAGACUAAUUGGUUCUUGCAUGAUAGUGGACCAGCAUACACUAGGAAAUGGAUCUUUUAGUAAUAUUUAGUUAAAUCAUUUUUUCGAUGGUACCUCUACACAUUUAGCUCAAUAUGACAUUUCAGAGAUCUAUCUCAGGGUCCUAAGAAGGGCAAACAAGAGCCAUUUGGCUUGCAUAAUCAUGUCUUGUAAGCAUGGAUGCUUUAAAGAACGGUUGUAAGAGAAGCAAGGUCAGAAUUUGUCUCCAGUUUCGACAAGUUGGUGUGUCCAAUGUCGCGAGGCUGAUUCUGAAGGAAACUGUGAUAUUUGAUGUUGUAUACUUGAAUGCCAAACAAGCAUAAAUGGCAAACUCAGUGCUUCUGUGUAUACCAAGCUGGAGGUGCCUUGUGAUUCGGGACUUGGAAUCUCGCAUUAAAUUCAAUCAACCUCUGAACUAUCUCACCAAAGUUUCAAAUAUCAACUGUUUUAUAUUGAUGCAGAUUAUAUGACAGAGAAA